UACCUGCAGAUGUGAGGCCGCGCGUCUUAUUGGCGGGUGUCUGUCAUUGUUAAUCUGAAGGAAACACACCAGAAGAAGUGUUGGCGGUUAGCUGCUACUAGACUCGCUUAAAGUCUCCUAGCUGAUUCUCAGAUAGCACUAACGUAGUUUAACUCAGCAAUUAUCAAGAAAAUGUCGAACUGGAUCAGAAGCAGACGACGUGAUGCUCACAGCAGCGAGAAUGCAAACAGGAGCGAAGGCCCUUCUCGAUGGUCCCAUUGCAGGAAAAGAGGGAUUGAUGGAAGCCUGCGGUCCAGUAGAGAUGGAGGUGAUGGGGCGAACACUGACAGCAGAGACAAACACUCUGACAGCAGACAUGCCAGUUUCACCACUCCAGAGAGCAGAGGGCCGGUGUCUCGGUGUGGCAGACAGGGUGACUGGGGCAGCCAGGUGGAGGAUGCUGAGAUGAGGAGAGAUGUACACAGAGACAUGCAGCGUUACAGGAGGAGGAUACUGGGUGCAGAGGUCACCCAGAGAGAGAGAAAGAUCUCCUCUGGCUCUUCUGAGAGCUGUGACUCCAGAGAGGGAGAAAACAUGGAGACUGAUGAGGCUGUGUUGUUACGGCGACAGAAACAGAUCAACUAUGGCAAAAAUACACUGGCCUAUGAUCGAUACACCAAGGAAGUUCCUAAACACAUGCGUCAGCCGGGUGUUCAUCCAAAGACUCCCAAUAAGUUCAGGAAGUACAGUCGGCGCUCAUGGGACCAGCAGAUCAAACUGUGGAAGGUCAAACUGCAUGCCUGGGACCCCCCAAGAGAGGAGGGCCAAGACAAAGUCCUGGAUGACAUUGAUGAGCUGGGUCUCGAUGAUGUGAUGGACAUUGAGCUGGACUUCCCAACCUUGUCAGACUCUCAGAAUGCCACAGUGUCUCUCACCACACGCAACAUUUCACUGGAGGGUCAGGGUGAAGACUGCUCAGGAACUCCAGUUAAAGUACAGAAGACAGAACCCUCAGCAGAGCCUGACAUGGCAUAGCUCAUCAUUCAACAUGUUCACACACAUUUCAGAUGCUUCAGCCGUUUGUCCUGACAACCUACCAUGCUACCCAUAGUGCCUCUGUUCCAGGUGCCAUCUACGUGAUCUGCUUGAAAUGAUGCUGAACCUGCACAGCUUCACAGUGCUGUGUGUGCCCCAGCUGGUUGUUAUGAAUUCAACACUGUAAUACAUUAAUAUAGUCCUUCCUAAAGGGACAGUUCACACACAUUUUUCCUCUUACCUGUUCUGCUGUUUAUUCAACCAGGUCAUUUUGGUGGUUUACGCAAGAUAAUUAAAGACCUCGCUGUAAAGCAGUGUCACAUAGGAACUGUUUUCUUUCUACACAACCAUGAGUAGAUUCUAGUUCCUACAUGUGGACUUUCUUGAGUAAGUGGGUCAAGACUGGAAAGAGACAUUGCUGUUGAGUUUUUCACAUGUAUUUUGGUGCUUUGGGCCAUCCAGCUCCAUUGUAUUGGAGAGGAGACAGACAUCUCAUCUAUAGCCGAUAGCUCCAAAACUUGAAUCUCAGACCAAAAUGAUCUAAAUGGAUACAUAAGUAUGUAUUUUUGAUUUUGGGAUGAACUGUUCCUUUAAUCCAUAUGUUGCGACCUUUAUACGGAUUACUCAUCUGCUCAGGGAAUCUUAUUCAUGGCAAGAUUUUACAGUUGCAUAUUUAAUGAAAGGAUAAGGCUAGUAUUUGUUUUUACUGUCAACAAAUCUAACGGAGAAAAAAAGUACCUAACCAUUUUAUCAGGGUGAUGGAAUACAGCUCAUAGCUGAUAAGAUACACACAUAAUACUUGUUAGUAGUUAAGUUUGUUGUGAGUUUGAAUCCAAAUAUGAGAUUUGUUGACAACAAGUAAAAUAGAGAGUUGCUACCUCAUCCUUUAACUUUCCUUCUGUUUAAUGGCUGAGGCUUAAAGCACUGAUGUGUGUCCUGGCAGAGCAGGCAUGCUGGUUUGUUAUGUCCAUUUACUCCAAAUGUUAACUGACAUGCUGUUUAUAUUUGCUAAAUAGAAUUAGAAACUGACUGAACUCAGAAGUUCUGUCAGUAGUUUAAAGGAGAUGGGCAAACAAAAGGUGAAGUAUUUACCUUUUGAAUGGUUUGUGGUUUAAGAUUUUCUUUCAGUUCUGUACAAUUUUAAAUGCUGAAGUGUACAAUAAAUUGAGUUAUAUGGGCUGUGAUUAGCUUUUACAUGGGUUGUGUUUUUAAUACAAAUGUUAUUGUAUUACUUAUUGUUUCCUUUUAUGGAGAAGACUUUGAAAUAAAAA